AUGGUUUCGUGGAUCAUCUCCCGGCUCGUGGUGCUAAUAUUUGGCACUUUAUACCCUGCAUAUUCCUCUUACAAGGCCGUGAAGACGAAAAAUGUAAAAGAAUAUGUGAAGUGGAUGAUGUAUUGGAUUGUGUUUGCCUUCUUCACCACAGCAGAAACACUCACAGAUAUUGUUCUUUCCUGGUUUCCGUUCUAUUUCGAGUUGAAAAUCGCAUUUGUGAUCUGGCUGCUCUCUCCUUACACCAAGGGCUCCAGCGUCCUCUACAGGAAGUUUGUGCACCCAACGCUCUCCAAUAAAGAGAAGGAGAUUGAUGAGUAUAUUACCCAGGCCCGUGACAAGAGCUAUGAAACCAUGAUGCGAGUCGGCAAGAAAGGUUUAAACUUGGCUGCCAAUGCAGCAGUUACUGCAGCUGCAAAGGGUCAGGGAGUUUUGUCUGAGAAGCUGAGGAGUUUCAGCAUGCAGGAUUUGACUCUGAUCCGGGAUGAAGAUACUGUGCAUCUACGGAGCCCCAAGCCACAGCUGCGCACCUCCACUAGUGGCCUUGAAACCAUUGAGGAUUCAGGAGAAGAGGCCAGUGUGUCUCAAAGGUCAAAUGGGGCCCAGUCUGAUUCUAGAACAGAACCUUCAGAUGAGGAUGCAGGAGACAAAACACCGAAACGCACCCAGAGCCUCAAAGCUCCUAAGAAACCUCCACUAAAGAGUGUGAAAGCUCGCCCCAAGAAGAAAGCUGCAGGCUCCAUUGCUGCUGGGGAGUCAGCCUAA